AUGCCCCUCAAGUCGGACAUUCAAAUUAACGUUGCAAAGUUUGAGCCAAGCAAUACAUCAGCAGGUACAGCUAAAGCUAAUGAGGAUUUGAUCAACUUGCUGAGGGAUGGUCCGAAAUGGUUUGAGACGGGUGCUUCAAAAUAUCGGGAGAUGAAGAAUGCAGGGGAAACACCUAUUCCGAAGCCUAAACUCUUACCAGAUGGUCUCGACAUAGAAAUCCCUUCUCGUGAUAGUGAUCGAGGGAUUCCUUGUCGUUUAUUAUAUCCAUCUUGGCGCAAAACCGUCGAGGAACGAAAGAAAACGAGAGCAAUUGGAUAUCUUAUACAUGGGGGUGGAUGGGUUCUUGGUGAUCAACAUUCUGCCGAUAUUCUCCUCCAAUUUCAUGCUGAUGCUGGAGAUCUGGCUAUCGUAUCAGUUGGUUAUAGACUUGCUCCUGAAUAUCCUUUUCCAUGUGGUCCGAAUGAUUGUAUUGACGUUGGAGAGUACUUGGUUAAGAGAGGAGAAGAAAUUUUUGGUAGCUCAUUGAAGUUGAUUGGGGGAGAGAGUGCAGGUGCUAAUUUAUCCUUACUUGUCGCUUUCCAUCUCCUCAAAAACCUUCCCGAUUUUAAGUUGUCCGGGCUAGUUCUUCAUUGCGGUAUAUACGAUCUCACAAUGCUCCCUCAAUGUCAAAACUUUGUUCGUGCCAAUUUAAUACUCGACCACGCCCUGAUGCGAAAAUUCGUUGAUGCAUUCCUUCCAGGUAUGUCUGAUGAAAAGAAGAAAGAUUCUCUCGUAUCCCCAUACUAUGAAGAUCUCGGGAGGUUCAGAGGAAGAUUACCAAGUGCCCUUUUUACAUGUGGUACGGAAGAUCCGUUGCUAGAUGAUUCGGUGGCAAUGGCUACAAAGUGGAUGAUGAUGGGUGGGGAAGCUGUUAUUAAAAUUUAUACGGGUGCGCCACAUGCGUUUAUUAAUAUGAAGGAUAAAUUGAAGGAAGCAGUGGAUGCACAAGAGGAUACGAAGAUCUGGAUAAAGGAUUGUUUGGCGAACUUGUGA